AGGUCAGGACCACCGCCCCCCUGGCACCCCAUUGGCUGCUCGGCGAAGCCCGGUCUCCGGGUAAGAUGGCAGCGGACGGACAGUGCUCGCUCCCUGCUUCAUGGCGGCCGGUCACCCUCACCCACGUCGAAUAUCCUGCAGGUGACCUCUCUGGCCACCUCCUCGCCUACCUGAGCCUCAGCCCUGUGUUUGUCAUCGUCGGCUUCGUGACCCUCAUCAUAUUCAAGCGGGAGCUGCACACGAUCUCAUUCCUCGGGGGCCUGGCGCUGAACGAGGGGGUCAACUGGCUCAUCAAGCACGUGGUCCAGGAGCCGCGGCCCUGCGGAGGCCUCCACGGCUCAGUGGGCACCAAGUACGGGAUGCCCUCCAGCCACUCCCAGUUCAUGUGGUUUUUCUCCGUCUACUCCUUCCUUUUCCUGUAUUUAAGAAUGCACCAAACGAACAACGCCAGGUUCCUGGACUUGCUGUGGAGGCACGUGCUCUCCCUGGCUCUCCUCACCGCGGCCUUCCUCGUCUCCUACAGCAGGGUCUACCUGCGCUAUCACACCUGGAGCCAGGUGCUGUACGGGGGCGUCGCCGGGAGCCUCAUGGCCAUCGCUUGGUUCGUCAUCACCCAGGAGGUCCUCACUCCUCUGUUCCCCAGGAUCGCAUCCUGGCCGAUCUCCGAGUUCUUUCUAAUUCGAGACACGAGCCUCAUUCCCAACGUCCUCUGGUUUGAGUACACAGUCACCCGGGCAGAAGCCAGGAACAGACAGCGCAAGCUGGGCACGAAGCUGCAGUGACCGGGGAGUGGCUGGCCCAGCCUCCAGAUCCGGCCGCACCACGCCGUGCGGAUGGAAGUGCAGAGGAUGGAGCGGAGACCUCAGCAGACCCGUCGCCAGUGGAGCCUUUUGUUUUCUUACUUUCAUUUCCAUGAACAAGGUGGCCCGAGGGGCCAGGCCAGCCCUCGGCCAGGCUCCUGGAGCCCCUGCUGGUGGGGCCGCUCGGCCGGAGACGCACCUGUGCUGCCGCCAGCCCCUGGCCGGUGGGGGGCGCCGGGCCGGGCGAGAGGCGGCCCCGCACCUGUGCUCCCAGGCAGGCAUCCAGGGGCGUGAGAAACACACACUAUUUAUUUUUUGGUUUUGUUAACGGCAGGCAGGAUUCUGGAGAGGGGCCGGAAGAGCCUGCUCUGCGCUGGCUGCCCCGGGUACAGAGGGCCCAGGCCCUUUGCCCCGAAAGGUGGCCUGGGCCCACCAGAGAGUGCCCCUGUGCCCUCCCUGCCACCAUUGCCAUUCCAGAACCUCAUUCAGUGUUUCCUCGUCUGGGGGCCAGGGCCCAGAGCGCGCUCGUCCGCGGCUGCUAUCGUGUCCUCCCUGCACUGACCCUCACCACAAGGGCUUUCUCGGUCCCCUGCCCCCCGUCAGCGGUCCCUGCUGGCACAAGAGCCUGCACACGUGGGUGAGCAACACAAGCUGUUUACAGCUCUUUUUGGUCCUGCCAGUGGGAGCGGUUAGUCUUCAUCUCCACGAGAACAAAACGCAGAGGAACCGGAGCCGGUGAGAGGAGGGGCCGGUGGGCGCCUGGCACCCGUGCCCUUCCCUUCUCUCUUCGCUCUGAACAUUCCUUAUCCUUCCCGACGCCCCCUGAGUGGCCGGGAACCUGCCCGGGGCACCCUGAGCCUGUUUCGGGGUGUGGCUCAGAGCCCCGCUGUCCAGCUCAGAGGACGGCUCCUCCUAACGGGACUUGAUCUCUCCAUCUCUGUGAUGUGGAGUUGUGGAGUGGACAUGCUUCCAGACUCUUGGAAGGUUCUAGAACUGAACCAGGCUGCUCGGGACCUGUGUCGAACCCCGCCCCCUCUCUCUCCGUGGAGGUUCGUAACCUGCUGCUGAAGCACAAUGUUCGGGUGCUUUCUUUUCCCAGUUGUUUAAGACAGUGUCCAAAGCCGUUCCAGAUGCCAGGCCGGCGGCCUGGUUCUGGGGAAGGUUGGUCAGUCCCCACAUUUGCCUCUCCUCCCCUCUCCUCCUCCCCUCCUUAUUUUUUACAUUUUGCCUGAGACAAGCCAAGUGUGAGGUGGUUUAAGAAAAAUCAAUGAAAUUGUUUACUAUUGUUUUAAAAUAAAAUCUUGAACUCUGA